GCGCACUCGGGCGGCGGCCGGCGGCGGGCGAGGACACCGGGCGAGCCCUCCCUGCCGGGAGAGCCAGCCCUGCGGCACACGGCAGCGCCAUGGUCUCAUGGAUCAUCUCCAGGCUAGUGGUGCUUAUAUUUGGCACACUUUACCCCGCAUAUUAUUCUUACAAAGCCGUGAAAUCAAAGGACAUCAAAGAAUAUGUCAAAUGGAUGAUGUACUGGAUCAUAUUCGCACUCUUCACGACAGCAGAGACUUUCACGGAUAUCUUUCUUUGCUGGUUUCCAUUCUACUAUGAACUCAAAAUAGCUUUUGUAGCUUGGCUGCUGUCUCCAUACACAAAAGGCUCCAGCCUUCUGUACAGGAAAUUUGUCCAUCCAACACUGUCUUCAAAAGAAAAGGAGAUCGAUGACUGCCUCAUCCAGGCAAAAGACCGGAGCUACGAUGCCCUUGUGCACUUUGGGAAGCGGGGGCUGAACGUUGCAGCCACAGCAGCAGUCAUGGCAGCUUCAAAGGUAUCUCAGCUACUCCAUUUACACUUGUAUUUGGACCAGAAAAAAGGGCAGGGACAGGGAGCCUUGUCUGAGAGACUACGGAGCUUUAGCAUGCAGGAUCUCUCGACCAUUCGUGGAGACAGCAGCAGCACUGUUCCUCCUUCAGUCACUGUACGAACAAGUAGCAAACAGAGCCACCCAAAACCAUCCAGAAGUGCAUCAGAAGGCACUGGCAGCUCAGUGUGCACGUGUUGCUCAGUAUGCCGACUCCUCAGAGGUGAAAUAAGUGUGGACAUUAGGUAUGAGAAGCCACCUGAGACAAACUGUGAAACAAAAGGCUCAGUGUUCUCAGAUGAUGAAGAGAAUGAUUGUGCAUCCAUGAACAAAAGGCCCAAAAAGAAGGAUCAACCCCUUGAGGCACCGCCUAGGACCCUUAGACCUCGCUUCAGGAAGAAAAGUACCUCGUCCUCUGCCACUGAAACAAUGUGAGUGCAAUGAGCCAAUAGCACCAAGAUCCACAGAAUGUCUCUCUUCUGCCUUAAAGAGCUACUCGUUCAUAACAUAGGAAACAGCAGUGGGAUGGAUGUGCUUUGAUGUACAGCACUGUAGACAUGGCCUUUCUCCCUCCUCUCUCUGCAUCCUUCUGUGACUCGCUGUUUGUCCCCGGCGUGGGUAGGACAGGCACCUGCAGGUGAGGGGUCCUGGUUUGGUUUGCAGAGUGUGCACCCACCCACAGUGUACAUUUACAGUUUCAUUUGUGUCUGCAUAGCUCUUGCUCUGUGAAUGCCCAGCAGAAACAACAAUAUUCAGUUACUCAUGAUGCUACAUUGACAGUGUAUUUAUUUAUGGCUUUAUCAUGGAUGAAGUGGAUUUGCAGAACCCAUGGAUUUCUCUUUCCUCCCUUCCUCCUCAAGACAGUGACUGAUGUAACAAAUGUCAAAAGUACUUUGACUGUAUAAAAUGUCCAAGAUUUGUUAGUGAAAGCUGAGCUGCAACUGCAUUUUUCUGCAAGUAAAUCACAUGUUCUGAGAAAAUCAUUGUGCUAAACCCACAGAGACAGAACCACUUACAGAGGAUGAGGAAGUGAUGUGCAAGAGAAAAAAAUGGUUUCAAUGAUGUAAUGAAGGGGAGUCCUGAUUUUAAUCAGCCUGAGCCAGGAGAGUAUUUUGUGGAAAAUGAUUAGUAGAAGAACUAAAUCCCACCAUUUGUGGCCAAUGUUCUACUGCAAGUUUUAAAGUGUGAGCAAACCAGGCUUGAGCAAGCUGCAGCAACAGAAAUUAGAAUCACUUUAGUGAUGCAUUUCCAGGGGAAAACACACCUUAAACCCCCCUGCUGCAACAGUGUCAGUCCUAGCACUCUGCUCUGCUGCUAAGGGGCUGCUGCUCUGCUUGCAUGAGCAAAGGGUCUGAGCUGCUUUUUGAAGCCUGGAGUUUCUCCUGUAGCAUGGAGUUUGGUUAGAACCACAAGAACCAGAUGGAGUGGUGUAUUUGUAUCCAUAUAUAAAAGAGAAAUAUAAAAGAAGAGGAAGACACAGUAGGGUUUGUGUAUUUGUGCUUCAAGUUGGUGUCUCUUGUAAGUGUUGAGCAUGUGAGAUUCACACAUAAGUUAAUUACGUGACCCUUUGUGUUUGCUCUUGGACCUGUCACAUAGACUAGAAAAGCAUUUAGGAUUAUUUAGGAUGUGCCAUCCCCAGUGGAUCAGCACGAGGGGUUGAUGGUGUCACUGUCAUCUGGCUCAGGGUGCCAAAAGCCAGCUGAAGUGUGCCAGGUUUGGAGAUAACUCUGAAGUGGCCUUUGAAACUAUUUCUCUGCUGGGUAUGCAUCCAUAUCCCAGCUGUUCAUCUGGUGGAUCCCUGAGGUCAACCCUACAGCUUCCUACAUGUGUGGGGAAGAAAGAAAUAAAUUAGGCACACAGAGAAAUGUUUAUCUGACUUGGCUAGAAAAUGGAAAAAGCAAGCAGGUAUUACCUGUGUCUGCCACAGUAUUUGGCCUCAUUACCUGAGAAUUUUAUUUCCUUUACAUGUGCUGAUUCAGUCAUAUUUUGCAAAUUUUGAAAAAAAUCUUCAGAAAGUCAGUUUUAAAGAAAAACCCCAAACAAAUUUCUCUAAAGAGCAGUUACAGAAGAGUUGGUCCCUGGAAGAUACUCAGCAAAAGCUUUGAGAAGCUAAGCUUAUGUAUUUUACUUCUAAGCAGCUUUAGAGUUUAUUUGAUUUCUUUUGGCUAACAUUAAAAAGAAGUAAGAAAACUGCCUGCACUGUUAACAGAAAAUAAAAUCCUGUUGCAAGCAAGCCAUGUUUCCCUGCUAUGCAGUGGGCUGCUGUAAGAUAAAGAAGCUGACAAGUUUGCACUUAAUUAUGCCAAAUAACCCCAGCAACAUAGAGCUGCAUAACAUCUGACAAGUUCUAAUCUCAGACAUGCUGUAUUAACACUGAUUAUCACUAAAACUAUUUAAUGUGCGUCUAAUCUGCUGUUUUACUGUAAACUUGACUGUUUAGCAUUUCUUAAGUGCUGAGGUGAAAUGUUGACAAGGGAAUUGCCUUAUAUCUCUCAAAACAUUCACUGUAUAAAUGAGAAAAAUAAACCUUUUCAUAACUCUGGAAAAGAAAAACUGUAUAAUCAAGGGAGCUGUAUAUUUGUGUAUAGAUAGACAGACAUGUGAAUGCCUGACCUCACGCACUCGUGCUCCUUGUGCUCCAGUGUUCUGUACAGAUGAGAACGGCUGCUGGCUUUGAUUCCUCACCUUCCUCGCACAGGUUGUUUACAGGGGCUGCCCGCAGUCUGUCAGUUCAGUGCUGCGUGUGUUCAUUCCGGAUAAACACCACCCGUGAAGGCUUUUGUUCCAGCUUUUCUCUGGAGCCUCUGCCAAGGAGCGAGCCCGGCUUGGUGAGCAGCCUUCCUGUGCUGCUGCUGACCCCUCCUGGAAAACCAGGGUGUGCAGGACACGUUAUGAACAAAGAAGCCUGGAGCAGCCCAGUGCAACCCCCUGUGCCUCCUCUCCUGCCAUAAAGGUCAGCAUCAGUGCAGCUCCUGGGUUCACCAACUGCUGAAUCAGGAUCACAUCAAAAACAAGACAGACUUCACAUGUAUCCCUGUCACCUUGGAAUGAAUCAAGCUAAAAACCUUGUGGAAGUACAAACCCAGCACAGAAAGAAAGAGAAUCUGGCAAUUUAUCCCUGCUAGGAGGGAUAAAGCUGCUUGGAGAGAGACAAUGCUGCUCCUGUAAACAACCUGCUGCCUCUGGCUGCAGGCCAGUCCUUGUGUCAUGAUGAACCCCUGUGCUCCUCACCCACAGUCUCCCUUUUGCUGUUAGUUUCAGGUACCUGUUUUGCAUCCAGCACAUUUGAACUAGCAGAGAACACGUCGGGAUUUGCAUUUAAACAAACUAUUUAAGGCUCAUAAUUGUGCACUUGGUGUGAUUUCUUUCCUGUGAUGGGUAGAAAAGGUCUGUGAUACAAUGGUACACUUGGAUGCCUCACAAGGACGGCCAUUACAACAGUAUUCCAAAGGUUGAUGUUUUGCUGGUUUUGUUAUACUGCUUGAUAUAUACAUCUUGAAUAAAGUCUUAAUCUUUUCUUUAUUAAAGAAAAAAAAAACAAAACAAAACGAAAAGAAACAUCUUUAGUCUGUUCAAUGUAUCUGGCAGGCCAGAAUAAUCACUUUGAUUGCUGUAUUAUUUUUAUCUGAAUUCUGGCUGACUGUAUAUAGAUGUAUUCACUAAGUGCUGCAUGUCCUUCAGAACUUUCUGUAUCAUGAACUGGAAAGAGAACAAAAUACAGCUACUGAACACUCUGAGUAACUAGUGAAUUCAUUGCAAUGCUACAGCCUUGUACAGCAAACCACCUCUGCUAUACAGGCAGCU